AUGAAAAUGGAGUUGUUUGUGAUUUUCGCAUUAAUUGCCGCGAUUUCCGGAAAAUUGCCGCCGAGUGACGAUAAUAUUUUGCAUAUUGGUGGGAUUUUUCCUAUCGGAGGCGAAGGAGGUUGGCAAGGAGGUCAAGCCUGUAUGCCCGCGGCUAAUUUAGCGCUGAUUGAUGUCAAUAGAGAGAAAAAUUUACUGCCAGGAUUUGAGCUUAAAUUGCAUUCCAAUGACAGCGAGUGUGAACCUGGGUUGGGAGCCUCGGUGAUGUACAAUUUGUUGUACAAUGCGCCGCAGAAGCUGAUGUUGCUCGCAGGAUGCUCCACAGUCUGUACUACAGUUGCAGAAGCCUCCAAAAUGUGGAAUUUGGUCGUCCUGUGCUACGGAGCUUCUUCACCAGCUUUGUCAGACCGUAACAGGUUCCCAACGUUAUUCCGAACGCACCCGAGCGCGACAGUUCACAACCCGACGCGGAUAAAACUGUUCCAAAAAUUCGGAUGGUCGCGAGUCGCCAUCUUGCAGCAAGCCGAAGAAGUUUUUAUUUCUACCGUCGAAGACCUGGAGACCCGUUGCAAGGAAGCGGGCAUAGAAAUCGUCACUCGUCAAAGUUUCCUCUCAGACCCCGCCGACGCGGUGAGGAACCUCCGCCGGCAAGAUGCGAGGAUCAUCGUCGGGCUGUUUUAUGUCGUCGCGGCCAGAAGAGUCCUCUGCGAGGUUUACCACCAAAAUUUGUACGGCAAAAGCUACGUAUGGUUCUUUAUCGGGUGGUACGAGGACAAUUGGUUCGAGGCAAACUUGGACAAAGAGGGAAUCACUUGCACUAAGGAACAAAUGCGACAAGCCGCUGAGGGUCACAUGACCACCGAGGCACUCAUGUGGAACCAGAACAAUGACACGACUAUCAGUGGAAUGACCUCGGAGGAUUUUAGGCAGAGGCUUAAUAAGCAGUUAAAGGAAGAUGGGUAUGAUGUGGAUAAUAAUAGGUAUCCUGAGGGAUAUCAGGAAGCUCCUUUGGCUUAUGAUGCUGUUUGGUCGGUUGCUUUAGCCUUCAACAAAACAAUGGACAAACUCUCAAAAUCUGGAAAAAGCUUGAAGAAUUUCACUUACACCGACAAAGAAAUCGCCGAUGAGAUCUACAGCGCCAUAAACUCCACCCAGUUCCUCGGAGUUUCGGGAUACGUGGCUUUUAGCUCGCAGGGAGACCGAAUCGCUUUGACGCAAAUCGAGCAAGUUAUCGAUGGAAAUUACGUUAAACUCGGCUACUACGACACUCAGAGCGACAACCUAACCUGGAAGAACCGAGAACGGUGGAUCGGAAGCAAGGUUCCGCAAGAUCGAACCAUAGUCCGAAAAGUUCUGAGAACCGUAUCCACGCCCCUGUUCGCGUGUAUGAGCGCAUGCUCCGCCCUGGGGAUAAUAAUCGCGAUUUUAUUAAUUUUUUUUAAUGUCUGGUUCAGGCACCGGAGAGUUGUCUUAUCUUCCCACCCGGUCUGUAACACGAUAAUGCUCGUGGGGGUGAUAAUCUGCUUCAUCUCUGUGUUCCUCCUGGGGCUGGACGGGAGGUUCGUGUCCCCUGGAGAAUACGAACACGUUUGCCAAGCACGGGCCUGGAUGUUGUCCAUAGGAUUCACUUUAGGAUUCGGGGCAAUGUUCUCCAAGGUCUGGAGGGUCCAUCGAUUGACCACCAAGACCAAGGCUGACCAAGCGAAGCUUUUCAUUGCCAAGCAAAAGGUCUCCAGUGUCCAGAAAAACGUCCAGCCCUGGAAAUUGUACACAAUGGUCAGCGCGCUUCUUGCUAUUGAUGUUAUCAUUCUGGGCGCUUGGCAGGGGCUUGAUCCCCUUCAGAGGACUAUUGAGGUCUUUCCUUUGGAAGCUUCACCUCAUGGAGAUGAUGAUGCCAAGAUCAGUCCAGAGCUGGAGCACUGCGAGAGUCAAAAUAACAGCAUUUGGCUGGGACUCGUUUAUGGCUACAAGGGCAUUGACGCGAGUUUCACCUUCGUGGCUCUGGCGAUAAUCUUCUGCUGCUUUUUGAGCAUGGCGCUGAUCUUCGUCCCGAAGGUAAUCGAAGUAAUCCGACACCCGAGAGACAAAGCCGAGUCAAAGUACAAUCCGGACAUGGGAAUGUCCAAAGAAGACGAGGAACGGUACCAGAAACUCGUUAACGAGAACGACGAGCUCCAGAGACUGAUUGCCCAGAAAGAAGAAAAAAUAAAAGUCCUGAAACAACGGCUGGCCGAGAGGGACGUCGCGAAAGGAGUCGCCUUUGCUCCAGGUGGCGCUGCUGCGGGCGGUAAUGUACCAAAAGACUCGCUGAUUGUCGCGGACUUUGUUACCGGCGAGGGGACCUCCGACAGCGCGAUCGGUGGGGGCAUUUCUGUUUACACGAGAUCCUCACGUGCAUCUGCAUCUGAUUUUGAGUUCUCUGAGUCGUAUCUUUAA